AUGGCACCACAGUUCCCCAUCCUUAUCAAGAGGAACAUCCACUUCCCCUGCUUCGGCUUCUCCAAGGAUGUCCAUGUGGAAGAGAUCAAUGGUGGGGUGGUCAUCAACUGGAACUGUAACCUGGGCCUGCCUGAAACCGACUGCAACCCCCACUACUCCUUCCACUGCCCCGAUCCCAAGACCACUGUCCCAGGCAGUGGCACUUGCAGUCCUGCAUCCUCCUCCUGGUCCUGCUGUGGCUGGUCCCCAUCACUGGGCCCUUCUACCUGUCUCCCCAGGAGGUCUGCGAAGUAUUACAAAUGGAACGGGACCCACACACGAGUGUUGAUCAAGGCCUGUGGGAUCCAUAUUGAUGUCAUCGUGCAGGGCCAGGCAGGGAAGUUUAGCCUGAUCCCCACUGUCAUCAACCUGGCCGUGGCUCUGACCUCGCUGGGAAUGGGCUCCUUCCUCUGGGACUGGAUCCUGCUGAGCUGCAUGAACAAGGACCAGGUGUACAGCAGCAGGAAAUUUGAGCAGGCACCACCCUAGAUCCUGGCCCUGGAGGUUUGGUCCUCUGGGACAGAGCAGUGGCCACGCUGCCAGCAAGGCAGGGCAGGGUGCCUGGGCACGGCUGCAGGGUGGGCAGCAGCAUGUGGCUGGGGCUGCCAGGGCAUCUGGCCCCUCCAGCCAUCUCUCACCCCCGCGGCAGGCUGAAGGUGCCUCAGAGGCUGCUC